CGGCUCGCUUAUUUCUCUCUGAAGUAAAUCAGGACCUGCGCAGACGGAGAUGACGGGCAGCUCGCGCGCGCACUUGUGCUUUCUGCUGCUGAGCGUGACGGCGCUGCUCGGGCGCGGCCGCUACAUAGACAUGCAGGAAAAUGAAAUCAGUGCAGAAGGACUAUUUUCUCUCCUUAACUCGGAACUAAAGCGCGAGUUGCCAGACGAGUACAUUUACCGAAGACCCUUAAGAUGUCUGGAUAUGGUGGCUGUGGAGGGUCAGUUCACGUUUACGGCAGACCGGCCACAGUUGAACUGUGCAGCUUUUUUCAUUGGCGAGCCCACAGACCUCAUCAGCAUCGAGUACGACUCUGUCGACAUCGACUGCAGAGGAGGAGAUUUUAUAAAGGUAUUUGAUGGCUGGGUGAUGAAGGGCGAGAAGUUUCCCAGCUCACAGGAUCAUCCUCUUCCUCUUUUCGAGCGCUACUCAGACUACUGUGUCAGUGGUGAGGCUCAGCCAAUCAUUCGCUCCUCUCAAAACGUCGCCAUGGUGUUCUUCAGACUCCACCAAGCAGGAAGCAGCUUCACCAUCACGUUCCGGAAAAUCCUCAACCCCUUCCCAUGUAAUGUAAUCUCUCAGACUCCAGAGGGCAGGUUCAGUAUGGUUAUUCCACAGCAGCACAGAAACUGCAGUUACUCCAUCAUUUACCCUGUGGAGAUUCAGAUCGGAGAGCUCAGCCUCGGACACCACAAUGACCUGAAGCGUUCUGCUCCAGGCUGUGUGGGAGCGGGGGAUUUCGUGGAACUGUUGGGAGGAAAAGGGGUCGACACCUCCAAAAUGUACCCAAUGGCAGACCUCUGUUACUCCUUCAACGGACCAGCUCAGCUGAAAGUGGGCUGUGAUAACACGGUGGUCCGGAUGGUGUCCAGCGGGAAGUUUGUGAAUCGGGUCAGUUUCCAGUACCGGUUAUUGGACAACCAGGAGCUGCAGAAGCUGAAGGGGAACAGUGUGGAGGACAUGUGUUUAAGUGGAUAAUGGACAGAACAUUUCCUACUCUUUUUUUUUUCUCUCUCUCUCUCUCUCUCUCUCUCUCUCUCUCUCUCUAUCUCUCAUUUUCUUUCUCUUUCUUUCUUUUUCUCUCUCAUUUAGUGUCCUUGCAUUGUUCACUGGGUUCCAGGCUAACCGGAGGCUGAUGUUUCAGAACCUCUUGGGUCGUUAUUGUACAUUAUAAUUAUUAUUAUUUUUUUUUUCCAUAAGAGAUUAUUUAUUUUGUACCUCAUCAUUAUUUGUUUACUCAUUUGUUUCCUUUUUGAAAUAUCAUGAACUUGUAACAAUCCAGUCUGUGGCUGAAGUGAACUAAAGAAAUAAAGAAGCAUCUUGUGUUUUGUGCUCACUGCUAAUGAUCUGACCAGUAUUUUGUUCGUUCUAUUGUUUGUUUGUUUGUUUGUUUG